ACUCGGCGCUUUAGGGAAGCAGGUUCGGCCAACUGGUUUCCCCAACGAGGCUCCGGAUGAGUGGCGACGCGGGGGAAGCCGGUGGUCGCGAAUGUGAGAAGGGUCGGCUCCCACUUCCCGCUCGGUCCUGCCCAUCUCCCAGCGGCCGCCAGCCAGGAACAGGCCUAGGGACCACAUGGGUCGAGGCCUCCCGGCCCAAGGAUGAUCGCUAGAGGGUGUGCAGGCGCGGGCACUGGACAAGAGGCCAUGAGCGCCUGAACUCGUGCACUCGGCGCCUUCUUUCCUCCACAGCCCAGGCCCUGAGGAGGGGGCCGGCUGCCCCUCCCCGCACCCCCGUCACACACACCGAAAGCCUGAUCUGUCCUCAAACCUCGGUGGCCAACAAGCUCUGCGCAGCGACUCUUCGCUGCCAAUAACUUGCAAACCCAGCUGGACCCGCAGGCUGGGCAGAAAGGGGCAAGGUCGACUCUCCAAACCCCAGCUUGGCUGGAACCUGGCCGGACCCCGGGAAACUCCAGCCGGACCCACGCUAGGCCCAGCCCCUCACGUGCCAGGCGACGGGCGGCGGCGGCAGGAGGAGCGGGUCGAGCCGAGGCAGCCCCGACCUUGCGCGCUGGGAUGUAGCGAACCAGCCGGGGCCGAGGCAGCGCGCACAGCUGGAGACAGAGCUGGAUCCGGGGCCCCGGCCGGAGCCGAAACCUGAGCCAGAGUCCGCGGCGGGCGAGCCCAGAGCCGCUGAGCCGCCGACGCAGCGCUGCCCGGGUUGGGUCGCAGCCAGGGCGACCGGGCGCACCGAGCCCCGGCCCCUGGAGCGCCCGCCGCGGUCCCCACCUCCAUGGACGCCUUCAAGGGGGGUAUGAGCCUGGAGCGGCUGCCGGAGGGGCUUCGGCCACCGCCGCCACCGCCGCAUGACAUGGGACCCGCCUUCCACCUGGCCCGUGCCGCUGACCCCCGCGAGCCGCUCGAGAACUCAGCCAGCGAAUCGUCCGACACGGAGCUGCCAGAGAAGGAGCGCGGCGGCGAAGCCAAGGGGCCCGCGGACGGCGGUGCGGGCGGCGCGGGCUGCGGCGGCGCGGAGGACCCGGCCAAAAAGAAGAAGCAGCGGCGGCAGCGCACGCACUUCACCAGCCAGCAGCUGCAGGAGCUAGAGGCCACGUUCCAGAGGAACCGCUACCCCGACAUGAGCAUGCGGGAGGAGAUCGCCGUGUGGACCAACCUCACGGAGCCGCGCGUGCGGGUCUGGUUCAAGAACCGGCGAGCCAAGUGGCGGAAGCGCGAGCGCAACCAGCAGCUGGACCUGUGCAAGGGCGGCUACGUGCCGCAGUUCAGCGGCCUGGUGCAGCCCUACGAGGACGUGUACGCCGCCGGCUACUCCUACAACAACUGGGCGGCCAAGAGCCUGGCGCCCGCUCCGCUCUCCACAAAGAGCUUCACGUUCUUCAACUCCAUGAGCCCACUGUCGUCGCAGUCCAUGUUCUCGGCCCCCAGCUCCAUCUCCUCCAUGACCAUGCCGUCCAGCAUGGGCCCCGGCGCCGUGCCCGGCAUGCCCAACUCGGGCCUCAACAACAUCAACAACCUCACGGGCUCCUCGCUCAACUCGGCCAUGUCCCCUGGCGCCUGCCCCUACGGCACCCCCGCCUCGCCCUACAGCGUCUACCGGGACACGUGCAACUCGAGCCUGGCCAGCCUGCGGCUCAAGUCCAAGCAGCACUCGUCGUUCGGCUACGGCGGCCUGCAGGGCCCGGCCUCGGGCCUCAACGCGUGCCAGUACAACAGCUGACCGCCCGGCCGGCCACGCGGGGCGGGCCCGCGCAGGACGCACGCGGGGCCCCGGCCGCCGCCCGCGGACCCCGCACGAGCGCAGCCGCUCCCCACCUGCCCGCCUUCGGGCUGGUUUUGUGUUUGCUUUUCCGGACCCCACUCCGCCCUCCACAAAGAAACAAAAACGAACCAAAAAGACGUCGGAGAAAAGCGCCGCGGAAAAAAAAAAAAAAGAAAAAAAUGGAUGAGUUGCAAUUUCCCUCGGGAUGGCGCGGGUGGAGUGCGUUCGUUCACACGGGCCCCGGCGGCCCUCUCCGCGGAGGUAACGCGGCCCGGCAAGCGAACGCGGAGGCCCGGCGGCCAGGAGAGGACGCCCGCGUAGCCCGCGUCCCCGCCGCGCCGGACCCGGACUGAGCGGCUGCGCCCGCGCCCGCGGACUGGACGUGCGGAGCCCGGACACGCCUGAGAUCCCCCGGCCGCGCACGAACCAGACGUCCUCUCCGAGCUGGCCGGGCCGAGCGCACCUUAGCUCGAUUCGGAUCCGAGUUGGAGGGGGCGUUGGGCCGGGGAUGACGGUGCCCAGCCCGGGAUCGCGCGCUCGCCGCUCAGCUGCUCGCACACGGCCUCGGCGCCCCGCGCGGAACCCUCGCCGGCUGCGCGCUCCGGAGCCGUGUUUUAAGGCCACCAAGCCGCGGCGGGAGGCGAGGGAGGGCUCGUUGCGGAGCGCCCCAGCCCCGAGCUCAGCCGCUGGCCCAGGCCCUCUGCCCCGCUCCCGUGCCUGGAGGUGCCCCCUGUCCCGGCGAACAGCCCCCUCCUCACCGCCCGCCGUGCAAGAGUGGAGCCGGAAGAGCGCGGGGCGCGGCCCCAGGGCCCCGCGCCCACUUUGCACACCCGCUCUCCGGCCCGCGCCCCUGUUUACAGCGCCCCUGUGUAUGUCGGACUGACUAUAGAAUUAUAAAUCUGUCUAUAUCGACUUGUCCAUGUACGUCUAUUAAAACCAUAGUCCGAGCGUGCUAAGCA